AUGAACAACCAAGCUCCGGUCCAGGGUAACAUUAACACAGCUGAGGCUCAACACAACAACGACGGUGAUGUCGUGCAACACGUUCCCCCCAUUGCUCGUCUGGACCAAGAUGUGGUGUCGGGACAAAAUCAAGCACAGUCGGGUUCGGUCAACGAUGACAUUCUAGAUAACAUCUUAUGGGCGGCAUUCGAACAAGACCUUGCUCAACCCGGAAAUGGCCACGACUCUGUUGAUCCACCUCACGACCAAUCUUUCUGGGGAAACCAAGAAUGGAAUCUACAGGGCUUCCCAGACUUGGGCAGCCAGCAUGUAGGCAACGACAUACCGCUACCUUCUCUUCCCUCCACGUCCACUCAACCUAUCUACAACCCUCCCCCAGCUCAGUACAACCAUACCCCUGAUCAGUACAACCCUACCGCCAAUUCGUACAAUUCUGCCCCUUAUCAUUCCAACCCUUUCCAGCCCUACGAGACUUCGAACAAUCCAUUCAACUCGCAUCCGCUCAAUGGAUUCAACCAGAACAACCUGCCAGCUCAAAGCAAUGCAUAUGGAAGUAUGCCAGCCUCAAGCAACUACAGCGGAUUCGGUGUAAAUAGCCAGUCACAACACUUCCCCCACUUGAAUGAAGCCGGAAGCGCUCAGCAAAGAUUCGGACUCGCAGAAGAAAACCAGUGGGCUGCCGAGAUGAACAGAAUGCCACAACAAUUUGACGCACAGAAUUUGGCAACGAGAGAGGCGGAGCAGCGCAAUCUUCCGGGACAAAAUGCCUUCUACGAUCAUCGUCCGCACCAGCCUCAAGGAUAUGGUCUGCAGCAGAACAACUCGACCCAAUCUUAUGGAAUUCCUAUCCAUGACACAACUCACGCAGCCGCAACUGUCGUGACGCCUGUCAGCAGAAACACCAGGAAGUCUUUGAGCUCAGGCAACAGCAACAAGAAGGGUCCAGGUCCCGACAACUCUUCAAACUCAAAGGGCAGCGGCCAGAGGAAUUCGACAUCGAAAGUAGGUGGCAAUGCAGCCACCCCUUCGAAGACAGGCGGCACCAACAGUACUCCAGCUUCAAACGAACACAGCAGCCGGAAGCGCGCGAGAAGAACCGGAUCCGGCGCAUCUCAGACAGAAUCAAGCACUCCAAUUAAACAGCCCAACUCUGCUCCGAACGUCGGCACGGCUCAUAACAACGGCUUGCCCAACUAUCUCUCAAGAAGAGCGAUUUCGCGGGCUGCCAAUCCGGUUGGAGACCGGAUUACCCCCGCCAAAGAUUUGCAGGCGGAGCUAGCUAAGAAAGAUGACACCAAGAAGAGGCUAGCACAAGACAAAGUCGACAGAAUCAACGAGCGAAAAGAUGAUGUUGCUUUGGCUCGCAGCCUGUAUAAGAUUAAAUGUCCCGAAUACGCUGCUGAGAUUGCCAGGAUCGCCGAGGAGCAGAUCGCUAGGAUCCAUGCGCGCUAUGAGGAUACCGAGGAGUAUGUCAAAGAGAAGACGGCUAGAUCACGAUCGUAG